AGAGCAGUCAUUCAGAUUCUGUUGCGCUUGAAACGCAAGCCACCUUCCUCGCAGUUUUGCUUCGCAAUAACUUCUUACUUACUGACUGAAAGCAAAACUUUUUUUAUCGGAAACUGUAGCCCAUUUGAACGUCUGGAAAAUAACGGCAGGCUCAUGGAUGCGUCUGUAAGUGUCUUAGCGCAUUUACAAAAAUGAUAAAGGGAAUAGCAGCUGCUUUUGGACAUAUUUGAAGGGAAUAUAAGUGCUAUCAAUCAGGGGACUAAUAAUAUCGAUGUUGAAGUGAAGACAAGUUUGAGAGACCGUCUCACAUCCCGCUGUAGCCUAACUAUGGGUCGAUAGUAUGGACUUAUCCGAUUCUGGAGAGGAAGAGUGCGUCACGGCUGAUAGGAAUUUACUUCCCCGCUAUCCGUGUGGAAUAAAAGUUCAUUGACAAACGGGAGGAUUCUGCCGCAUCACUUAGAAGUUAGGUUUUGUUGUUUUUUGCGAAGGCAUGGCGGGACCAGUUCUGUUUCUUGUGCUGUGGGUCUUGACGUGGUCCGGGGAGGUUCUGUGUGCGUCGUACCCGCAGCGGUAUAAUCUCUAUUCGGGACAGACCCAGGCGCAGCCACAGAACGGCGCCCGGGCGGCGAGCAGACACAGAAACUGGUGUGCGUAUGUGGUGACGAAGACAGUGAGCUGUGUGGUGGAGGAUGGAGUGGAGACCUACGUCAAGCCUGACUACCACCCCUGCUCCUGGGGCACGCAGUGUUCCCGCAUGGUGACAUAUCGAACGUAUAUGAAGCCACGGUACAAGGUGGCCUACAAGAUGGUAACAGACAUGGAGUGGAAAUGUUGCCAUGGUUACACUGGGGACGAAUGUAGUGAGGGGCCGAGCGGAGGGUCUGGGACCCAGAUUGCUACAGCCAAACCACGGCCGAAACCCUCCCGACCGGGACAGACCGGAACAGGUCACGGAGGACAGAGUGGAGGAGACGGGCGAGGAGACGGUGACAAGAUGCGGCAGCUGGAGGACAAGAUCCAGAGCCUGACCAAGGACCUCCACGACCUGCAAUCCUCCCUGAGGGGCAUGAAUGAACGCUUCCAGGAGGAGACGCACAAACCGGGUUUCACCGGUGGCGGCGCAAAGACCCCAGCGGACUCAGCCCAGCCCGAGAUGAUGGAGACCAUCCACAGCAUCCAGACCAAACUGGACCAGCUGGACAAUCGGACCCAGGCCCACGACAAGACCCUGGUCAGCAUCAACAACCACCUGGUCAACGGGAAUGCUGGCGGCGGGAAUGAACUCGGGGGUGGCGGUGGCGGCUCCUCUGGAGGCACCGGUGGGUUUAGCGGCGGGACGCUCAGCACUCUGAAAGAGGAGAUCCUGAGGGAGCUGGAGAGGAGGGUGUCUCUGUCCUGCUCCUCCUGCCAGUCUGGGGUGGAGGACCUGCGAAGGAAGCAGCAGGAGAACAGGGAGAGGAUCCAGGCACUGGAGAAGCAGCUGAACGCAGUGGAUGGACGCUAUCGCCAGAGCCUGGACGGCCUACGCCGGGAGGUCACACGCUUCCAGGGCUGCUGCAACACUGUCACCGACCUCAAGAACAGGGUCACAGAUGCAGAGAGAAAGAUCAGCUCUGCGUCGGAGAACUACGAUGUCAUCCAGAACCGCCUGGAGAAGGAGUUGGGCGGUGGUGGUGGUAGUCAUGGCGGCAUAGGUUUGGGAGGAGGUGGCUUUGGACCUGGUGGUGGUGGCUUUGGCCCUGGUGGUGGCAGCGGGUUACCCAAGGUUAUAGAGGACAGGCUGGAUAGCCAUCUGAAGGACCUGGAGAGGCGGGUGAACAGCACAGUGCAGCACACGGAGGAGAGCUGCGCCUUAAUAGAGAACAACAUGAAGGACUACUUCCACCGCGAGCUGGGUGACCUCCGGACUGUGUUCCUGGACCGCUUCGACACCCAGGGCUACCGCAUCGAAGACAUAGAGCUGGACAUGGGCAUCGUAAAGGACCAAGUGUUGGACCACGACAAGAAGCUGACCCGCCUGGAGAACUCUACGGCACUCCUAGACAAGAGUCUGACUGACUGUGGCUGUGGAGGAUUAGGAGGAGGAGCUGGAGGAGAGGGAGAAGACUCUGUGAAGUCUAUCACGUGGAGGGUGGUGGCCAACGAGAACGAGAUCCGCCGCUUCGACACGCGUAUCAAGGACCUGUCCAUCUCAGGCGACUCCCUAAUGGACAAGGUGGUGGACCUCAGCCACGACAUCCGCAAAAUCAAAGCCCUGACCGGAGACAACGGCGAGCACUUCAACCGCAUUGUCACAGAGAUCGAGAUGCUGGGUCGUGGCGUGGACGAAUGCGACAUCUGCGGAAGAGUGGAAGACGAGUUGAAGAAGCUGAAGAACCACACGCAGCACACCCUGAACCGCUGGGAGAAGGACAUCAACACCAUCCGGACACAGGUGGACUCGGACCAGAGCUCCUGCUCGCAGGUGUGCUCCACCCUGAAGGAGGAGGUGGGGAAACUCCAGGAGGAGGUGGAGAAGUGUAGUGGCCAGUGUAAGAUCCGCCUUGAGACCCCAACAACAGGAGGCGGCACCGGAGGAGGCCUGGAUGACCCCCAGAAGCCCCUGGACGGCCACAGUGUGAUCGGAGGAACGUCUAACAACGGCCACCUCAAGUCCCUGCAGGGCGAGCUGUCCGAGGUCAUCCUGACCUUCAGCUCCAUCAACGACACACUGAGGGGCCUAGAGCAUACAGUGCAGAAACACGGCAGCAUCAUCACCGACCUGGGCAACACAAAGAACAAGAUCAUCUCGGAGCUGGACAAGAUCCAGCAGGAGGUGACCGAGCACAUCGAGGAGAGUCGCGACCGGCUUGACGGGGUGGACCGUGAUGUGCGCCGUUUCGAGAGCACCCUGGUGGUGGAGAUGGGUGACUGCAAGCGCUCUGGCGACGGCCUGGAGAAGAGGCUGUCCAAGAUGGAGGGUGUGUGUGGACGGCUGGACGGCGUCUCGGACUCGCUCCAGAAGAUCAAGGAGGGGCUGAACAAGCAUGUGUCGGGCCUGUGGAACUGUGUGAAUGGCCUGAACGCUACGGUCAUCUCCCAUGGAGGGGUCAUCGAGAACAUCCAGACCACUCAGCUGGAUGGGAUCUACGGGAAGAUCAAGAACCUCAAUUCGUCCGUCAGCCACAUCCUCAAGGAGUUCCAGAACCUCUCGGAACAGGACCUGACCGGUCUGACUGGUCCUCCAGGUCCCUCUGGGGAAAGAGGGCUCCCAGGGUUUCCCGGCCCCAAGGGGUCCCAAGGCAGGGACGGACCUCCGGGCAGGCAGGGAGAGAACGGGCCCAGAGGACCACCAGGCCUCAAAGGUGAACAAGGUAUGCCAGGUGCUGAUGCCAACGUGCCCAAGCUCUCCUUCUCUGCAGCUCUCACCUACCCCAUGCUCAACGCUGGCACCAUCGUCUUCGACAAGAUCUUUGUCAACGAGGGAGAGUUCUAUGACCCACGGACAGGCGUUUUCACAGCGCCCAUUGAUGGGCGCUACUUCUUCAGCGCCAUCCUGACGGGCCACAGGAACGAGAAGAUCGAGGCGGUGCUGUCCAAGUCCAACUACGGUAUGGCCCGCGUAGACUCCGGGGGAUACCAGCCAGAGGGCCUGGAGAACAAGCCGGUGGCCGAGGCCAAGAUCACCCCCGGCUCCCUGGCCGUGUUCAACAUCAUCCUGCCCCUCCAGGCUGGAGACACAGUCUGCAUUGACCUGGUCAUGGGCAAGCUGGCCCACUCUGUAGAGCCUCUCACCAUUUUCAAUGGAAUGCUGCUGUACGAACAGAUGUGACAGCAUCCCCUAGGCUCUCAAGCUGGAACAUGAGCGAGGGAGAGGAAGGGAGGGAGGAAAGAGGAAAGUGAGAAAGAAGAGAGGGGUAGGGGUUGGUCCCCUCCGGAGCCGUUUAGACUCACGGUUUUAUUUGACAACCGCUUUUGAAAGCAAAACGACGGUUCCAGAGAAUGAGGUUAGAAUGACUUUAUAUCGACUUGUGAAACAUGGGAAUGAAAGAGAACUAGAAGACGACGACGACAGAAAAGUUUUGUGUUUCACCCUCCGCGUGUCAUUCCUGGCCCUCUGAUGUUGUGAGACCUGAUGAACUGCUUGAACAAACAUAGGAUAUACUAUAGACUGAGCAGCAGCAGACAGAGAUGUUUAGCUUACCCAACAUUUGGAGAAGUGUUUUCACACCGAAUUUGUACUACUGCAGGAUUUUUAUAUGGUUAUUGGAGUCUCCGUCUCCUUAUUACUCACUCCAGGCAUGGGGUUCGGAGUACAGUAGUCCUUCGUGCACUAAUACCGACCAUAAGGUCUCCUUGACAUCCCACGUACCCCUUUGCUGCAAAGUGUUUCCCUGCCAUAGAGCCAGACCCAUAGUCAAGGUCUGAGGUUAACCUGAAGUACAGAAUGUGUAGUCUAGGGGAAAGAACAAGGAAUGAGAAAUUCAUUGCUUGAUUUUCUCUAGCUGUUUUCUAUUGAGAUGAAUUCACACAUUUUGUGAAUGUUUUUAUAUUACCGUGCACUUUUCUAUCUCCUUGUAUGUGUGUUCUGGUCUUUAUACCCUGUAAUGCCUUUGGCCCAGUGAUCCAAAGUUUGUCUGUGUGGAUAUUAUUUUAAAGCUUCAGUACCUUAUACUGAUGGUUCCCAAAACAUUUUCUGUGCCGUCCGUGACCUACCUAAAGCCUUCAGAAAUGUCUGUGAUGCUCCAGGUGAAUGAAAGAAUGUUCCUAGCUCAAAGUCCAGCCUUAAGCCACAACCAAGUAGGAAUUUACCUCAACCAGAGGGAAACGCUGCCUUAUACUACAGUACUGUAGGACCAGAUGGGCCAUAGCCCCUUUAUUACAUCAGUAGGGUUGCAAAAAUCUGCAACAUUUCCCCAAAUUCCCAGGUUUUCCAGAAAUCCUAGUUGGAAGAUAUCGGAUGUCCUUCUUGUUCCCUCUUGAUUCCAGGAAUCUUCUAACCAGGAUUUCUAGAAACGUUUUUUGCAACAAAUGAGAUGACUCAACACAUUAUGACACAAGUGUGACAAAAUGAAAGUCUGAAAGCCUUGGGGAAAACUAUCUGGCUUCGCAGAGAUAAAACGAGUCGGGAGGGAGUUUUUUCCUACCCCUUCCCCCUUGAACCCCACUCUCUAUUCCCCCCUCAGGCACACGAUGUGUUGAAUAGCUGCCAAGGGCAACAAGAAAUGAGCGUUCCAAUCCAAUGGCCCAGUGAUACAUACAGAGCAGCAGCUACAGGCCCUCCUAUGGCCAAUGUGAUACACAGCAGACCAGUGUUUCCCAACCCGUCCUAGGUUCCCCCCAACUAUUCCACGUAUGAUCUAUUCCAACACUAGCACAUCUGAUACAUACCAGAUGCGAUGUAGCAGGCAACGAUAUCAGAACAGCAUCAGGACGUUAUUAGCCACUGCAUUAGGGUGGUAGGCUAUUGGAGCAUGUGUUUAUGUGUUCUUUGCUUGGAAAUUCAGCUUACAGAUCAUCAAAUCAGACCUGGAUUCAAAUAAUGAUUAUUUGUUAUUUAAAUACUUAUUUUCUGUGUAUUUUAAUAUUUUCUAAUAACAUGGCCUGAAUCAACUACUUCUAUUGGAAGUAUUUGAAAGUAUUUUCAAAUAAUUUCCUAAAAAGCCUACUAUUUGAAAUAACUUUCAAAUACUAUUUUCAAAUACCUGGGUUAAAUGCAUGGGAGUAUAUUUGAGUCACUGGCCAUGUCCGAAUACCCAUACUUGCGUCCUAAAUUGUAGGCCAUUUGAGUAUGCGGAAAAAUUCAGUUUAAUAGUAUGCAAAAUUUCGAAAAUCAAGUAUGGUUUAAAUGCCAGGAUGUUAUACUCAUUUCUGCUCUUCAUCUAGUAGAAUUCGAUGCACACUUUUCCACAAUACAUUGGUAGAGGUGGGCUGCGAGUGAUAGGCCCUAGUUCUCUUCAGUAGCCAGACAACAAAACUAGACUACUUAAUUGGGCAGAUGCCGAAUAGCGAAGCUUCUGCGGUGGUGUUCAAAUGUAGUGUAAGUAGUUUUUGUUCUCCUUCAAAUUAAUUAUCACGAGUAUUGCUACAUCUUUUUUUUUUUACCCAAGGUAUAUUUCUGUUUUCGUAUUGAAAAGUGUUUCUUGUUCUUUUGGCCUUCGUCAGAGCUUUUAAACUAAAUACUAAACCA